AUGGCCAACAACUCAACUUCUUCAGUUAACAAGCCAAUAUCCGAGACCUCCUCGAGAUGCCUGACAGAGUGUGUCACCAUCGCCCACAACUUCGAGGUGACUAAAUACUCGCUGCUCGAGGGUAUGGGUAUUGGCAAGUUCGUUACCUCGAGCACAUUCAGCGUCGGUGGCUACGAGUGGAACAUCCUGAUCUACCCUGAUGGGAGCAAUGAGGAGGACAAAGCUGCCUACAUGUCGGCCUUCCUGUGUUUCUGUAGGGGGGCAACAGCCGGUGUCAAGGUGAAGUACACUUUGAGUUUAUUGGAGAAAGAUGGGACAGCUAGUGUUAUGGGGGGCGAAAGACGUACCUUUCCGCCGGUAGGUGAGACUUGGGGCUGGGCCAUGUUUAUUGACAAGUCUAAGCUGAAGGAACUGCUAUCCCGCAAUGACGACUGCUUCACAAUCAGGUGUGUUUUGACCGUCAUAAAAGACACUCGCACGGAAGAUGCAAGCACAGCCGUAGUACCACUCCCACCGUCGGACCUGCACACACACUUUGCAAACAUGUUGAAGGAUGGACACGGCAUGGAUGUGACAUUCAGUGUUGGCGGCCAACUCUUCAGUGCACACAGAUGCGUGUUGGCCGCCCGAUCAUCUGUCUUCAAGGCUGAACUUUUUGGUCAGAUGAAGGAGACUUCUUCGAAAUGCAUUGAGAUUGAUGAUAUGGAGACAACCAUCUUCGAGGCACUUCUUCACUUUAUAUACACAGACUCAUUGCCUAGUAACUGGGAUUUGGAUCAGAAUGUGGAAUUGCAGCACUUGCUGGUUGCCGCAGAUCGGUAUGGACUUGACCGGUUAAAGGCUAUGUGUGAAGGGAAGCUAUGCCAGAGAAUCGAUGUGCAAACAGUUGCAACCACCCUUGCGUUAGCGGAGCAGCACCACGCCUUGCAACUCAAGGGUGCUUGUCUCACAUACCUUUCUUCACAGGGGGUGCUUCGAGCUGUCAAGGAGACUGAUGGAUUCAAGCACCUCGCUGCAAGCUGCCCAUGGAUUAUGAUGGACAUUUUAGACAAGGUCGCGCCACCAUCGUGA